UGUCCGUCCAUCAAAGGAAAUUCGUGCUCGGUCUGUACGACGUGGAUUUUUCGCAAGAAAUGCGUUUACAACUAAACAAAGAAUUUGAGAAAUGGCCUAUUUUAUGGAAAGUUAAACAACUGUAUUUCAAUAAAAUUAAAAAAGAAGAUGCUUUUCAGCAAAUUGCUGAAAAAAUGAAUCAGGGACGUCAGUGACAUUUAAAAAAAUAGAUAGUCUAAAGAGUUCGGCGAGAAAAAGCAAGAGUUAAAAAGAAUAGUAGAACCUGACGACUUAAGUUUGAAUUUAUUUGAGACUUUGUGUAGCGCCUCCGAAUGCAGGUUCCUGCGGUCCUGUGCGGCAAAACAAAUUCGCUCCAAUGAAUGCUCAUUCGACCCAAAGUGCUCAUUCGGUUCGUUUGCUCAGAUGUGGACGCGGUUUAAGGCUGUUUAAAAAGAAAAAGAGACAAAGUCCAGAUUUCUCAUCGUCGCAGGAUCCCAAGUCGGACGAGGAGCGCAAAAAAAGACCGAGGACAGCGUUCACCGCUUCCCAAAUAAAAUCGCUGGAAUCUGAAUUCGAAAAAAACAAAUACCUGUCCGUGGCUAAACGAUGUCAGCUAUCCAAAGCACUGAAACUGACUGAAACUCAGAUAAAAAUAUGGUUCCAAAAUAGGAGGACGAAGUGGAAACGAAAGUACACUAACGAUAUAGAACUGUUUGCUCAGCAAUAUUAUACAUCGAUGGGCAUAUUGACACCCAGGCCCAUAUUUUUAGGAGACAGAUUAUGGUUUUUCAAUUAUCCUGGCCAGCCGGGUCUCUCAACAACUUCUCCUGUGCUGUCCAAUGGGCUGCCGACGACGCAGAGCAAUCAACUAUCUUCCCAAUUACACUCCGCCAUACCCAGCUCUUACAGCUCGAAUUACUUGAAAUACACGCAUCCGGAAGCUGGCCCGGAAUGUUCUGCGAUGUUACAACUUCAAAAUUUUGGUCGGCAUUUUGAAAAUCCUUAGAUUGUGAAAUUUGCCACGUUAGCCUUUGAGGUUUUAACAAAUUUUUAAGCUGUGAUUUAUGGUACCUAAGAUCUAAUAUCCUGGUGUUUCAACAAAUUAAUGAGAUGCGUAACUACCAUUUAGUAUUUUUAUUUGCUUCUCUCUUAACUUUUAUAUUUUACACAAACUAAGUUGUGAGUUGAACCUUUGCUAAUUCCAAUUAGUUUGUUUAAGUGUAUUUAAUGACUCGAAUUUAAAAAAAUGUAACUUCUGUUGCGCCAACCCGAAUAUAGCCAAAUUUUUCCGCCUGAAGUGGUUUAGAACCGGCAAUACGCUUCAACUCGAACCAAAUAUUAAAUGGAAGCUACCAUAGGUUCCUUUUUUAAAGCAUUUUAGUCUGAGGUUCCUUUCAAAGCACCUAAUGAGAUAAUUACGGAUGCCGUUUCUACUGUUGUUGCUUUUACUUUUAUAAUUCCUUUAUUAUUAGACAAGCAAACAAUAAAUCAGAAUGAUUCUAAAUAUCUGUCUUGGUUUUUGAAACAAUUAUUAAUUUAUUUUUUACAUUGACUUACCAUGUUUUUGGUUUAUAAUUAUUGCUGCUUAUAGGUUCAUUUUUCUAACUUUAAACUAUUAUAAAAUAUUAAGUACAAAAACGCAAAAUACGUAAUACUGUGCUAAUUUCAACACUAUAAGAAACUUGUAAACAUUACAUUACAUUACAUACUUCUCUGACGUUGCCAAUGUUUUUCAACAUACCGACGUCACUCUCAGUUUGAAUUGGAUGGAUUAGUCAGUCAUCUUCAAAUGCCAAAACAACAAACAAAAUUACAAAUGAUAAAUAUUCGUGACUCUCUUUGUAAACAUAAAUUAAAAGCUUGUAGCUAAAUGGUCCGCUUCUUUUGUUUUGUACCUUGAUUUUUUUAUGUGUUCGUUUUAAAAUGUAUAAGACAUUUGAAAAUGCAUCUAAAUAUGUAAUUAUUGUAA